AUGUUGGAGAAUCGCACUUUGGAAACGGAGAUCGUCGACGAGUUCACUAUCAGCUACACAGUAAACCUAGCCCAGUUAAGGCACACCAGUUUGACAUUCAGGUGCAUCUUUCCGGAUAAUAGCUCAGCGAAAGCCAUCAUCACCGAGUACACCUUUUUACGAGCGUUUAGCUUUUAUUGCUCAUACACUGACAUCAAGACGGAAUUGGAGUGCCGCUUUAGGCAUUACCAGAAGGACGCAAAAACCACUGGCUUCAUUAUCAUCAUGGACGAUAAGUACAAAGUUUCUUGCACAUGUUUGGACACGGAGUUGACCGUGUGCAACCUACAAUAUCCAAAAAGCUUUCAUGGAGUUGACCGAAACUUCACUAUUGAAAUGGAUUCGCUUGGUAUAUCACAGAAGUAUGUGUAUCGCCUAACUGACAUUCAAAUGAGAGAGCCGUAUUGGCCAACCAAUAAGCCCCAUAUUGAGCAGAUGGGAUUUACAGUUUGCAUCAACUUCGGCCCGAAUGCGUUUAACGAUUCAAACUCAUACGAAUGGGAAGUGUUUUUGCGCGGCCAGAAUCCGGAGAUCCCUCAGGGCAUGAUCAAUGCUGACUUCAAUGAGACUCAAGAUGUCUGUUUUGAAACCCCGCACUUUUCCUAUCAGACCUUUCUAGUGACUUUAUUCGUUCGCUUUAAUCACAGCGACGCUCCCAGAAUUACCUAUGGUUCCGAGCUAUACUUCACCACAGCGCCCUCAGCGCCCAACGAACAUCCGAAGUUUCUGUCCAAUGGAUUCUACUACGACCCGGAAAAAGGGGAGAUUCACGUAUUUUGGGUUCCGCUCGAGGAACAUAAAUUUAACGGAGCCAACUUUACGUAUAUCCUGUCCACAGAUACGGGAAAGAAGCCUCUGCUCAGGAGCAACAGCUCCGCAGUUUUCCACGACUGGAAUUCUACGCAAUGGGCCACUGUGUUCAUUUGGAGUCACAACUCCAUGGGUAGCUCACUGGAAAGCGAUAAUCUGACUGUGCCGAUUCUGACCAACCAUACACAGCGUCAGCCCAGGAACUUGCAGUACCACUACCACGUAGAGAACAGCAUCAUGACCUGGGAUCCCCCGCAGGAUGAUAAUUACGCUUAA